UCCAUCUCACCCAGGAGGCUUUAAACACUUGGACAAGAACUUGUUUCGUAAAACAGGGAAGUUAGAAAAGUUUGCCCUCCUUAAUGCAAGUGUGUCAUUUGGAUGUGUUUCACGCUGUUUGUGCUGUCGCCUGCGUUGCUCUUGCUUCAUAACGGCGCGUUUUUAAUUUGAGGAAUAUUUACACUGACACAACAUCUGGUGAAAAAAUUCCAGUUUGCAGCAGCCAUGCUCAUGUGUGAUUACCCAAUUAAGACUGACAUGGAGACGUCAUUAUUCCAGUCUUAUCCCACGCUGAUUAAAACACCAUCUGAGGCAUUUGGUGUUGUUUUGUCACCUCCCAUGGGCAGUACUCCCACAGCCCACCUGUACACUCCUCACUACCACCACCCCGCCUAUCAAACACAUUACCCCUACGGGAGCCCCCCUCACACACACAAUCAGUCCCAGGAUGGUCAUCACUCACAAAAUGAGCCUGUCGACUUGUCUGUCAGUAAAAGAUCCUCUGUUUCAUCCCCUUCAUCAUCAGUCUCAUCCUCAUCACCCAGAGCCACUCCCCCAUCCCCUUAUGAGCGCUACAGUCCGGUCACACGUCCUUAUCUUGGCUCCAGCUCUGUAACAGGAAGUGUUUCCGGGUCAUCCCAGACAAGGCAGUUGACUGCAACAGUGGGCCUUCCCAUUCCUGCAGUGACACAGGUUUUGACUCCUUUUGUACAGAGUUCUGGCAUCAUCCCUGUAAUCUCUAUGUUGCAGACGUUACCUGUGCUCUACCCCUCCCCCCUACACCUGUCCUCCUCCAUCAUGAUAUCAUCUGUCCCACCUGAAAAUCCUGCUAACCACAAACAGUUUCCGCUUAUGAAGUCAGAGAUUUCCCAUGACAGCCAUGAGCUCCUCAAGCCAAUUAAAUCAGAGCCCCGCCCUGAACAUGCUCCGGAUCCUCACAGCCAGGAAAUAGCCUCAUCCGUCAUUACUGCCCCACCGAGUUAUGAGGGGAACACUCACUCUGUAAUUGUAAGGCGAAAGGUGGAAUCACCAGAUCUGUUAAAGAAGCGUCGAAUCCAUUGCUGUGACUUUAACGGCUGCAAUAAAGUCUACACCAAAAGCUCCCACCUCAAAGCUCAUAGACGCACCCAUACAGGAGAGAAACCCUAUAAGUGCAUGUGGGAAGGCUGUACAUGGAAGUUUGCCCGCUCCGAUGAGCUGACCCGUCACUUUCGGAAGCACACAGGGGUAAAGCCGUUCCAGUGCCCUGACUGUGAUCGCACCUUCUCUCGCUCCGAUCACCUCGCCCUGCACAAGAAGCGCCACCUUCUGGUUUGAGCUCAACACUGAAACACGUGAAUGGGGCAGAAGUUGCACCUUCAAUUAAGCCGUUAUUUAAGUCGGGAUUCUUCAUCUUCUGUGAUGUUACUGGGGCAUUAUUUGUAUCCCACCCCCUUCCUUUUCAGGAAACAAUGGAAGCGAAUAGGAAGCAAGUGUGGAGUUGAUGGAACACAUGAUGGCUAGCCUUUACUUUAUUGUCCAAGUGGAUUUUGUAGCCAUUACUAUGGAUAUGGACAGAUGCUGAUAGUGCUAUGGAUAUGACCCUUGUAUAUACAUUUAGACCAUAUUGGAUGCCAUUCAAAGUCAAAACAUCAGGCAUCUUUAAGUCAUAGGUCUUUGUCUUGAUGCCUAGCACACUCUCUCUCUCUCUCUCUCCACUAUAUCUCUCUUUUUCAUCUCUCAUCCAUUCUGUUUUGCCCUCUGCUGGUCAGAGGAACAUUGUGCCUGUAACAGCACUACAUAUGUACAUGCAAAAUACAGCUGCAAUAUUUCAGUGGCCACACACAUAUGCACACACAACUCAGUUUCACAGCACAUUUAUAAUGUAGUUUUUGAUGCAACUCGGGUCAAACCUGCACAAUGUGAAUUUAUUUCCUUUUUUAUAUUAAUAUGAAAAAUGUAUGUGUAUACAUAGAUCUUGUAUAUGUAUCAGCACAUGUGUUUCAUGUUUCAGUGUAAGGACCAAAGCUUACACCCUCAUCUGCUUUUCUGAAAUUGUCAGAUUCGGUCUGCAAAUUGUUAUAUUUUUAAUCUUGAAUCAUGGAAGACAUGGUAUGGCAAAGGUUUUGGUUUCAAGUGUUGUAGCUCUGAGCAUCUGAACGAUUACUUGCAUAACAGUAAAACUGGCAUGUUUUAUUAAUCGUAAUCAUGAAUUAAUACUGUAGUUUACCAUAAGUAAGUACUAUGUACUGUGUAAGUUCUUUGCAACUCUGCACAUUCACAGUUGAUUUAGUAAUGAGAUUGCCUUACAUAGUUCUUUAAAAACAAAGGUAAAAAUUUAUGAAUUCUCUCAUGAGAAGUUAAAGGGAUAUUUCACCCAAAAAAGAUGCUUCUGUCAUCAUUUAUUCACUCUCAUGCCAUCCCAAAUGUGUAUGACUUUCUUCUGCUGAACACAAACAAUAAUAUCUCAGCUCUGUAAGUCCAUGUAAUGCAAGCGAAUGGUGAUCCGACAUUUGUAGCUCCAAAAAUCAGAUAAAGGAGACAUUGAAGUAAUCCAUAAGACUCCAGUGGUUUAAUCCAUAUAUUUAGAAGUGAUAUAAUAGGUGUGAGUGAGAAACAUAUCAAAAUUUAAGUCCUAAAUCUCCACUUUCACUUUCAAAUCAGAAAGUGAAACUUAAAGUGGAGAUUUAGAGUAGGAAUGGACAUAAAUAUUGUUCUGUUUUUCACCCACACCUCUUGUAUCGCUUCUGAAAAUAUGGAUUUAAACACUGGAGUCAUAUGGAUUAAUUUUAUGUUGAUUUUUGGUGCUACAAAGGUCUGAUAGCCAUUCAGUAUUGUAUGGACCUACAGAGACCUGAGAUACUUUUCUUACAAUCUUUGUUCAUGUUCUGCUGAAGAAAGAAAGUCACACACAUCUGGGAUGGCAUGAGAGUGAGAGAAUGUUUAUUUUUGGGUGAACUAUUGGUUCCUUUUUAAAUGGGUGUCUUAAAUGCUAUUAUAGGCUGGCCAUAAAUGGCAAGAGGUUCAUACAGUGUCUAAAUAUUGCAUUUUACAUUUACAUUUAUGCAUUUGGCAGACGCUUUUAUCCAAAGCGACUUACAGUGCACUUAUUACAGGGACAAUCCCCCUGGAACAACCUGGAGUUAAGUGCCUUGUUCAAGGACACAAUGGUGGUGGCCGUGGGGUUAGAACCUGCGACCUUCAGAUUAACAGCCUGUGCUUUAGCCCACUACCCCCCCCAUAUUGCCUUUGCUUAACAAAACUACAUGCUCUAUCUCCACAAAUAUUAGUUGCAAGGACUUAUAGAAAGCUUAAUUUUGCUUAAUGUCACAAUUAUUCAUAUUUGAAUGAUUUAUGUAAUCAUGGAAUAGUCACAUAAUCCUUAAUAUUGUGUAUUGUUUCAUUUUGUUGUAUCAAAUCCAGUGUCUGAGGCUAAAAGGGUAAAAUCUUUAUUUCAUUGAGGGGUUUUCAUGUGGAGAAAUGCUAAAUGUGAACCAUUCAAUAAGGGGCAUUAUUUUAGUGAGUUCAUCUAGGUUAUGGGUAACAUUGUCUUAGUGCUUUUACAUCACUUUGUUUUGUGAGAUAUAUGUUUAAAAUGUAAGGAAAUCAUGGAUAAAUGCAGGGAUGCGUAUACUCUAGUUUUUCUGUUUGAAAAUAAUUUUUAUGUGAACAAAUGUUUGUAUUAGCAAUGCGUAAACGGAAAGAGUGCACUUUAAAAGGAUUUGAAAGCCAAAUAUAUUUCAGUGGGGGCCAUUAAUAGCUUUAAGCUUUGGGCGAUAUCCCCAUGUUUUUCUCUAUCCAUAGUAGUUAACCGUCUGUAAUAGAGCUUCCAAAAGUCUGUCUUUGUCUCUCCCAUGUUCUGUUUGUCUCUUCUCAACUGAAGGACAGUUUUCUGCUGUACUCAUUCAGGAGGAGGAAAAGACAAAUGGAGAGAAAAGAGUCCUUAAUAAAAAGAUUGAGAUGAGUCAAAGAAAGAAUUACAGAGAAUACAGAUGAAGCAUUUGUUUCUUAAUCUAAUGCAGGGGUGGGGAACCUUUUGAGUAUUUAACAUAUUAUUAGCGGGCCAUGCAAUUGCUUGCAAUUUCUCAUUGUGGGUUGAAAUGAACGUAUGCAUUCUGUUACGUGCUCACACACCAAGACAUUUUAAAAGGCCUUUCUAUUAUACAAUAUUGUGCGUUGUUAUUAUUAUUAUUAUUGGAAUCAAGGUCAUUGAUUUGCUUUUCAAAUGAUUUUUCUAAUGGUCUUGCAGGACAUCAUAGAAAUGAACUAAUCAGAUGGUAAAAUGGAAUAUAUAUAUAUAUAUAUAUAUAUAUAUAUAUAUACAUAAGGAAUUAUAUGACUGAAUGGGCAAUGUAUAGGCAGCAUGAUUAUGAUAGAUAUUUUUAAUCCCAACAAAUAUUAUACAUUUUUAUAAAGAUGUGAAUCUUCUGUCUUUUCUGAAUUUCUUAUAUUUUCACAGUUCAAAAGGGAAUAUUAUGCUGUGUCCUUUUACCAAACUGUGAAUUUAAAUAUAAAAUGACUUUUAUUGUAUUAUACAAAUUUAAAUAUGUAUCAGACAAUAAACUUUUUA